GCCUCGGAACAAACAACCUCCUGCAGGACUCGGAUCCCCUGUCCCUGCUGUUGCUGCCGGCUACAGGAGAGAGGAGCGACCCCACUCCGGCUUUUAUUUCUUCUCUUGGUGUUCUCCAGGAAGAUGGCGAAAGCCAGCAUCUCCCUGCGCUCCCUGAACGAGACGCUGAACAGAGUGGAAAGCAGGCUGCUGUCCCUGGAGGCUCGUUUCGCACAGCUGGACUCCAGCCUGCAGAGCCUGGAGCACGAGUUUGAGCUGCAGGCGGAGAUGCUGGAGGAGGACCUGAGGCGGGACGUGCCCUGGGCACCCGCGGCCAGCCGAGCCCGCCUUCCCCCUGAGGGCCCGCGGCCUCUGUCUCCUAGCAGGCUCGGCGGAGGAGAUAGAAAAGGAGAAGGAGGAGACGGAGGAAGAGGAGGAGAAGGAGGAAGGACAAGAAGAGAAGGAGGGGAAAAAGGCCGGGGAGGAGGCGGAGCCCUCAGCCGGACGGCGGGAACGGCCCCUCAGUGAGGGGCGGGGCGGAGCCGCCAUUGCGGGAGCCGCGGCCUUUCCCCGGUGCCGGAGCGGUGGGUGCCGAGUCCUCGCUGGGACCCUCAGGGGCUGGGGGUGUCGGGGGCCGGGGAGGGACGACGAGCCCCCUUUUCGCUGGGCACCGACGUCCUGGGGGUUCUUUUUUGUCAAUAAAAAUUGCGGAAAUAAUAAAACCCGCC